CUAUUCCUAGCAUCCCAGGGGCUGUAUAUUGCAGGCAACGAUGCAACCUUCUCGGCGGGCACAGCUAUCCCCAGCAGCUGAUCCGUGGUAAUUUCCAUCCUAUUCAUUAUACAUAUAACCAAACCAUUCCGAAUUAUGCGUUCAUCUCGCAAACUGCACCUGUGAUCAUGUCAAACAAGGAAAAGAACUGUUGCCAUGGCUCCUCCAAAGCCACAACCGACCCUCCGGGGCGCCGCCAACGUCCCUAGGCACUUUAACGGUGCACUCACGUACGCAGUCGUCCUGAUCGCUGUAUCUCAGAUCAAUUUCGGUCUCGACCAGGGCAUCUUUUCCAACACGCAGGCCAUGCCACAUUUUUACAGACAAUUCGGCGCCCCGGACCCCAAGACGGGCAAAUAUGCACUCGACCCGGUAUUUUUGUCGCUGCUCAACAGCCUGCCGUUUAUCUGUUUCUUUUUGGGACUCGUUCAGGGCUCGUACAUAAGUAACAAAUGGGGUCGUCGGACCAGCAUGCACGUCAUGUGUGUCUGGGCACUCAUCUCGGCGGCCGUGUGCGUGUCGGCGCGGGGGCGCGUGCAGGUGGUGGCGGGCAGGAUGAUCAAUUACCUCUAUAUCGGCAUGGAGCUGGCAGUCGUGCCCAUCAUUCAGUCUGAAAUGGUACCUGCUCCUGUCAGGGGGUUCAUCGUCGGGACGUAUCAGCUGGGAUUGGGACUUGGCCAUAUUCUCGCCUCCUUGAUCUGUCGUGCGACAAGCGACAUUGACUCCAACAACUCCUGGAUCAUCCCCUACGGGUGCAUGUUUUUGAUCCCUUCGAUUAUACUUUGCAUGCUAUGGCACAUGCCAGAGUCCCCACGCUGGCUCUUACUCCAAGGCCGCGAUGACGCCGCGCUCGCCUCACUGAGACGACUACGUGUGGGCCGUUUUACAGAAGAGCAGAUCAGGGACGAGCUGGCCAGCUUCCGCAGCACGAUAAAUGUUGCCGCCGACAAGGGAACGUGGAAAGAGGUGUUCCAGGGCUCGAACCGGAAGCGGACGUUGAUUGUCUGCGGCGUGAAUGUCUUUUUCCAGCUGACUGGCCACAACUUUGUGUCCAAAUACGGCACGAUAUUUCUCCGGUCUCUCAACACUUUCAACGCGUUUUCCAUGUCGCUGAUCAAUUCGUGUAUCAACACGUUGGUUAUAAUCUUCACCAUGUUCCUCUCUGACAUGGUAGGGCGGGUCCCUCUCUUGAUCACUGGCGCAUCCAUACAAACCGCCGCCCUACUAACGAUGGGUGGACUCGGAACCGCAGGGGGGGAGAGAGCGCCCCUACCCAUUCGCGAGGGGAUAACGAGCAUGGUCACCCUAUUCGGCGUGGGCUUCAACCUUGGCUGGGCUCCUCUGUCGCACGUGGUCGCGGCUGAGAUUCCCACUUUGAGGCUUCGCGACAAGAUCUACGGUUUGGGUUCCGCCAUCAACAUCAUUAUCCAAUUCUUGGUCGCCUUUAUCGUUCCAUACCUCAUGGAUGAUGCAUAUGCCGGCCUUGGGCCUAGAGUGGGGUUUAUUUUUGGUACCGUGGCGUUUGUCGCAGUGAGUUUCAGCUGGUUCUGCGUGCCCGAGUGCAGCGGUCGGACUCUCGAAGAGAUAGAUCGCCUUUUCCUGGAGGGGGUGCCGAUUCGAAGCUUCAAAACUCAUGCCCUGGCGGACCAAGAGGAAGACAAGGGGUUGCAGCGGAACAGCGAGUCUUGGCCGCACAAAAGAGAAGACGCAAAGGGAGCUGGCUGGGUUGAUGCUCGAGCAGUCUAGAGCGGGAUAGACGAAUAGAAUACAAAAAGGGACAUGCUGUUGCCCCUUGGACUGUCAUUGCUC